GCCUGCAGUAGGCUUGAUUGACUUUGGAGGUAAGCGUAGAGCAUUCCUUGGCCACGAUGCACAUGGGCCUCAACAUGCUGCGAGGUCUGUUCAGCAGUUAAUCCUCUACAUCGAGGCACCACGCGUAGGUCGCAGGGAGAACGACCGCUAUACUCUCAUUUAUUCUUUCUGUUCUUCCCUGCCAAGCUUUGAUCUUAGCUAAUCUGCGCCUCCUGCAUCCCAAAUGGCUCGUGUAUAUGCCAGCGUGAAUGAAAGCCUGGGACCGGGGUGGUAUGACUACGAACGGUUGCAUGUAGAUUGGAAUGUCCCGGAUCGAUAUGAGAUCGUGCGGAGGGUAGGUGGCGGUAAAUAUUCAGAGGUAUUCGAAGGGAUCGAUAUGUCAAAUGAGGAAACAUGUAUUAUCAAAGUGCUCAAGCCUGUAUCCAAGAAGAAGAUCAAGCGCGAGAUCAAAAUUUUGCGUAAUCUCACUGGGGGACCGAACAUCGUUAGUUUGCUCGACGUCGUUCGGGACCCUUUGUCAAGAUCGAAUAGUUUGAUCAUGGAGUUUGUGCGGAAUGUGGAGUGGAAGGAGUUGUAUCCUACGUUGACGGAGUUGGAGAUCAAGCAUUAUAUUUUCCAAUUGCUCAAGGCGUUGGACUUCGUUCAUUCUAGGGGGAUCAUGCAUCGGGACGUUAAACCUGGGAACGUCAUGUAUGAUCGCGAGCACCGCAAACUCAGGUUGAUUGACUGGGGACUAGCGGAAUUCUAUCAUCCGGAUACCGAAUACCAUAUUCGAGUGGGUUCUCGAUAUUAUAAGGGACCUGAGCUACUAGUCGGAUACAAGAAGUACGACUAUAGCCUCGAUAUGUGGAGCAUAGGAUGCAUGCUUGCGUCUAUGAUCUUCGGAAGGGAGCAUUUCUUCCGAGGUCGUGAUAACGAAGAUCAACUCCUUCGCAUCCUCAAAGUCCUUGGUACAGACAACUUUGAGAAAUACCUCGAGAAGUACGGACUCUUCAUCCAGACAGAAAACAGAGCUCUCCUCGAAUGCUUUCCAGCUAUCCCAAGAUCCCCUGGGCACGUUUCGUAACGCCGGAGAACAGAGCGAAUGCUUCCAGCGAAGCUCUGGACCUCCUGGACAAGCUUCUCAGAUAUGAUCAUUUUGAACGCGUCACAGCCGCUGAGGCUCUUGCCCAUGCUUACUUCAAUAACGUUAGAUUAGAAUCCACCUCGAAGUCCACCGAACGAUUUAGCGACUCCGGUUUCUGCUCAACGUAAGGUCACAUUCCUGACUUCCCCCUAACGCGCGGCCCCCUUCCUAUCGCGCUCCACUUGGACUCAAACUAGAGUGUGCCGAUUUUACUCAUGAUCGCAUGCAAAUGCUACAAGUUUCGAUUCAUUGCACGCCACCCCUACCUUUAUCGCUUCUCAUCUACGAAUUCAAGUAUUUACUUCACUUCCCGCUUUCAGUGAACGGGUUUUUGCUUGCUCUUAGUGUAUCUCUACGGCUAUAUAUUCAACGAUACCCCUCUGAACCAAAUCUCCUUAUGAUAUCAUACUAUGUAUGUACUUAGGUAGAUCCUAAAUGAAUGCCAAGUCUUGUGAUUAUCU